AUGCACCAUGCACGAACAAUUAACCGACCACUCGAGGUCAAGCCCAACCUGAUGGGGAAGGCUGUAGGCCCCGCCGAGUAUCCGUACCGCCUAAACUUCUAUACGCGCCCGCCGGUGCACGAAAUCACGAUUGAGGAGUUCGAGUCCUGCGCGAUCGACCGGCUACGCAUCUUGGGCGAAAUCGAGUCCUGCAACGCGCGCAAUCGUAGCCCAGAAGAACGAAAGACUGUCAUUCGCACGCAAUGUGCGAAAUAUCUGCCUAUGGAUCCGAACGACUCCCUAUUCCACGCGCAGGAGGAGCAGCGCAGGCGAGACCAUGUCGGGCAUUUCGUGCUACGGCUCGCAUUCUGUCGUUCAGAGGAACUCAGGAGGAGGUUCGUGAAGACGGAGUUGGAGCUCUUUCGUGUACGAUACGAGGAUGAGCUGGACAGCGAGAGGAAAGGCUUUCUGAGCCAACAUGAUUUUGGGACGAUUGAGGUGACAGAGUCUGAGAAGAAUCAAUACGCGCAGCAGCUCAAGGACGCAAGUCCGCGAAAUUACGCGUCGAUGUCGAAGAAGGUUCCUGCGAAGCAACUUAAGGACGAGACGUAUUAUAAGGUGAAGUGGACCCGUGUACCAGACCUUAUCGAGCAUCGCAAGGUCUUCGUGAAAGGCGGUUGGGCGUACGUGCCCGCCUCGGAGCAGUCCAGUCUCAUCUUCCACGAGUUUGAGUCUCGGCUUGAGAAGGAACUUGAGUCGACAUCAAAAGCCAUCAAGGGGAUCGAAGAGGACACCCGCCUUGUUCAAAUCCUGGAUCAUCUCUCAAAGGGCUUCAUGGCCGGUGGAAUUGCGCCUGAAUGGGGAACAGAGGGUACUGGUGAUGAAAUCAAGGCGGACAUGAUUGACGACCUUGCCCGGAAGCACUUCCCUGCAUGCAUGCGUAACUUGCAUGAGAACUUGAGGAAGGAUCGCCACUUGAAACACUUCGGCCGUCUGCAGUAUGGCUUAUUCUUGAAGGCGCUUGGACUGUCUAUCGAAGAGGCGUUAGUGUUCUGGCGCCGGUCGUUCAGCAAGUUCACCGACGAUCAGUUCAACAAGAACUACAAGUACAACAUCCGGCACUCAUAUGGCUUGGAGGGCGGUCGUAGGAACUACCCAGCCAAGAGCUGUCAACAAAUCCUCACGCAAGACCAACCGGGCACGCAAGAUAAUCACGGUUGUCCGUACCGCCACUUCUCCCCUGACAACCUAGAAUCAGCACUACUGUCGAUGUAUUCGGAGCAGGGUCUGGCGCGACACGAUAUCCCUGAGAUCUUGAAGAUGGUUAAGGAUGGCCAUUAUCACGUCGCAUGCACUCGUGUCUUCGAGAUCACGCACAACGCGCGUGGCGUUAAGAAAGGGGACGGCGUCAGCGGUGAAAGCGUGUCGCACCCGAAUCAGUACGCGCAGAAGAGCCGCGAGUUGGAGAAGGCGCAGGUUGAAGCUAUGGACGUCGAUGGCGGGGAUGUUGUGAUGUCUUCUUGA